AGGACAUGUAGACUGGUAUACGGCUUAAGCCACACGAACUGUGGUCCGACUUUUUCCUGCCUAGAAACAUUCACAACAAAGCUUUGCACCGUGCGAUUGACUAUUCAUGUGUGUUGUUGUCUGACGAACAUUUAUACUUAAAACGUGUUAGCUUGCAUUGAAUUUUUGAGGACAUUAUUUUUUCAAGGUUGGUAAAUCAGUCACAUUAAUGGAGGUUUAUUUCUUUAAAAAAAAAACUAAUUGUGUGAUUUACAUGUUUGCGUCUACAUUACUUCCUAUUCAUAGAAAGCAUUAUUUUUUUUUCGUUGUCAUGUCCUAUAUAUUUGUCACGUAUAAAUGUACAUGUUUUCGUCAUUUUAUAUUUAAACUGUAAUGUUAUAAACGAGGUUUAUCUUUUAGCUAUUUAAUUACCACCCUGUUGUUUAAGGAUUUGUUAAAUAAGAUUAUUAAUAAUAAAACAAAAAAACAAAAAAAAAAGGAAUAUUUGUCAACUUGAUAUUAAAUUCAAUUAGAAAUAGAACGAAUUAAAAAAAAAAAACGUGACUGUCUCAGGUACAAACUUGAUUUUUAUAUGGUGCAAACAAGAUUUUCCUAAAACUGUUGCUUAUAUUUGAUCAAAAUAUUCAAAAGAAAUAACAUGUCUGUAAUUGUAUUUGAGUUAGAUUGGUCAGUGAUUCUUCUUAUGUUUGGAAAAUAGGAUUUACCCGAAAAUAUUUUCGAAAAUGCUGACCGAGGAGGAAUUAUUUUUAAUGAAUGAAGAUAAAUCAAUAUUUAAACAAAUACUAGCGCUAUCAUUCUUGAAUAUAGCUUAUGUAUAUUUGUAGAUCUCCUACAAAAAUAAUUACAAAACAUUAUAAUACAUUUAAAAGGGACAUGGUCUAAUUACUCUAAUUGAGAUUUUAUUUUUUUUAAAAAUUUAAAUCUGAAAUUAUAGUUAUAGCGGUAGCUAUGUGGGGCUUCACGCUAUAUUUAAAAGCAGAAAUACCCGUUGACGUAAUAUUUUCCGGUGCAUAUUAAAAUCGUUGUCUGUGAACUAACCGUCUCUGGAAUAUAACUAGAGAGAUGUAGGUUGUUUAAAAAAAAGUAAAUGAUUUUAAUGACAACAACAACAACCAAAAAAACAAAAACAAAAAAAAAAUAAUAAAAAAACAAAAAAAACAAACAAACAAACAAACAAAUAUCUAGCAUUAAAAUUGAUGUCUUCCUUCAUUUUUAAAAUUAAUAUACUUUAAAUUGCUUACUAUAUUAUGGGCCGUAAAAUGUUUUUAAUUGUUUCUAAUAACACAUAUCACAUUGUACGUUUAGCUCUAAUUUUGUGAUAAAGGCAUUAAGGGGGCGUCCAUUAGCUACGUCAACAAAAUAGGGUGGAGGGAGGGGGUUUAGAAAUGUUUGACAGUUGUUGACAAGGGGGAGGGAAGGGGGUUAGAUUAGUGGACGUCAACAAUCAUAUUUUUCUCUAUUAAAAUUUUAAUCUUAAAAUUUGACUGGUUAUUACAUUAUUUAAAAAAAAUAUAUAUAAGUGUAAAUGAGUGUAACUAGUCAUAUAAUCUUUAGGCUUUUAACAAUAUAAGAUUUAUUUAAUGAGUGUCUCUGCACUUGAGAUGGCAGGUCAGAAUGCUCGCACACUUUGUUAGUGCACGAGAAGUCAAAAGUUGGCCUCUUUUCACCUGUAGAUUCUGUUGCAGGUGUGAAACAAGAAAGGGUUCAAGUGACAUGUGCAGUCACGAUAAAUGCUAUUGAUAGAGUAGGAAUACGACAGUUUGAGAAUUAGGUGAAUGUAAAGUGAGUAAGCACAACAACGUGGCUGCUUGAACGGAUUUGCAAAAUCUUUAACAUAUUUGUGCAUCAACAGCACUGAAAAUGCCCUCUUGAGCUUAAGAAAUUAGCUCCAAUGCGAGUUGGUGCAAGGAGAUAGAGAGAGCUUAUGGCAAUUAUUGCUCACACCAACAUUGCUUCUAUUUCAAGUGCUGAAUGGUUAGAUGAGGAUGAUGUUGACUUGUCUGGUAUAUCAGUGCCGAAAACUGAAAAUGAUAAAUCAGCUACUAUAGAUUAUGCCCACCAGGAGCUUCAUUUCAGGGAUUUUUCGGGGGGUGGGGGUGGCAAACCGAAAACUUGGUCAGUUAGUUAAGUUGUUUAUUACUGAGGGCGCCAGGGCACAUAGUAAUUUAAAUAAAACCUGCAAAUUAGGGGGUGGGGGCUAAUGCCCCCCUGCCCUGCCCAAAUGAUGUCCCUGAUGCCAAUUGUUACGAUAGAGCAAACCUGGCUACGCCUUGGAAAGAUGAUAGCAGCUAGAAACUAUAUUGUAAUUGUCAGUUUUACUGACAAUAAUCAUAUUUAUACCACAAACAAUUAUAUUUAGUCUUUAACAACUUUCAAUUGAUUCUGCAUUAUAAAAUUGAAGUGUAAAAACUUUUUAACUUGCUGAUUAACAAGCUUGAGAUGUAAUGAAAUGUUUUUCUACAAUUUUAUUGUCAUUAAAAUAGGUCAGCACAAAGUAAAAUAUAUUUAUACAUUGAUUUUUAAUAUAAAUCCUUUUUUUUUUGGGAGGGGGGAGGGGGGUUUGAAAAUUUUGACAUAAUUAAUGAGGGGGUGCCAUUGAAAGUUUGACAGUUGUUGACAAGGGGUGGGAGGUGGUCAAAAAUUGCAUAAAAAUUGUUGACGUAAUUAAUGGACGACCCCUAAGGUGAAUAAUAUUUAUUGUAUUAUAAUAAAUUAAUGUGAUUAAUUAAUAUUUUACGUGUUAGUGUUAUUAUUCUAAUUAUUGUUAUUCAUGCAAUUAUUUAUUUGUCUGUAAAUACAUUUGAUGCUUCUUAAUUCGCAAAUGACUUUCAUAGGUAUAAGUUAUGUAUAGUUUGAAACAUCACGGCCAGUGGGCCUUGCAUAAUUUUUAGUUUUCCCGAUUUUAUUGGUAAAACCUGAACCACUGCACCUGUAGAUGUAAGGCUUGUACAAAUUUAUGUGGACAAUAUAGUCUGGGCUCCCUCACAAUGCUACAAAAAUAGUAGACGAUUUUUUUUUUUUUUUACUAAUUUCGUUUUCAUAUUUUAAUUUUGUUCUGAAAUUUUUGUCUGAAAUGACGUCAUCAAUUAAAACCAUAGGGACGUUUUUUAACAUUUAAUAUGAGACAGGUAAUCUUGACCUAGUUUCGAAUAUAACUCUUGCCGGUUUUGCACACCCAUACACACACCUAUUGAAACAGUGCACGCAUGACAAACAUUUACAUAAUACUUAGUUGACUUUUUUAUGUAUUAAUUAAAUCAAUAUGAGAGAGACAACAUCAUUGUAAUUUGAAUAUGAGAAAUCAUUAUCAACUGACACCACAUUAUAAUCGUUAAAACAUCUUUCACGCUUUUUAUUCAUUAAGUUGUUAGACGUUUUGUAGAAGAAGAAAAAAAAAAUCGAGCAAUAUUACACACACAUUUUUUACCCCCCCCCCCCCCACCACGAAAAACAAUAAUCACCAUGUCAAUCGACUAGAGCAGGCCUGCUCAACAUAAGGCCCUCGGGCCGUAUGUGGCCCGCCAGCACCCACUUUGUGGCUCCGUGAGGUGACGAAAAACUCUAUAUUCUUAGUAUUUUCUUAAUAGCUUUCCUCCCUGACCUAUAUUCUUUUGGCCCGCACACGUUUUUUCAUAAUGUAUUACGGCCACGCCUUACAUUUCGAAUUGUGCAGGCCUGGACUAGAGCCAUUCAAAGGACGACAGAAGACAUAAGACCCGUCAAAAAAUGGUCGGAGCCCACUGGUAGAUUCUUCCAUUAACUUACAAGUAUCAAAUAUUAUGUAUAGAAAAUACCAGAAAUUUAUAACAUAUUGUGGAAGCUGUCUUCAAAAUCAGUUUUAUUCUGUUGGAAUUGUCUUCAAGACACUUUUUCUCUGUAAGAGCUGUCAGAAAUGUGUUUUGUGACGUGAUCAACAACAAAUGGAAAGUUUACGAUGCGAAUUGUCCCCUGUUUAUACUAACAUGCCCAGGCCAAACAAUUCCGAUCCGUGGUUAAAACUGAAAUGCCAGCAUCAGCGCUGGGGGACCCAGAUGUGGACGGAACACUGCCCCACUAAGUGCUACUACAACGGGCUAGACCACGAAAGGGUCGCGAACUGCCAGCAUUGCACACUGGUUCCAAAAGCGAUGGAAUACCUGUUGACGUCAUGGGGGCGGCCAGGGUGGCACGGGGAUUGUACGGCCAAGCAGUUGAACUAGGUUCAAAUAUUUUUGUCGGGGUCAAAAAAGAACCCUUACCAUUAACCCUACUUCCGGCAACAACAUUGGAUAUUUCUUGAGUUGUUCACUGUGCUCUGUUCCUUGUGCUAUUUUCAUUUGUCCUGUGCGCUGAAGAAGGCUCUAUGUGGAAACGUUCAAAUCUUAUUGUCCUGUCCUUUAAUUCUAGCUUCAACAGUCCUCGUUUUGUUAUUUCAUUUACCAUUAUACCCCCCCCCCCCGCACAUAUUAUGUAAUAGUAUUAGUGCGUAAAAAAAAUUAAAUUGAUUUGGUCUGCAAAUGUUCAAAUCUUAUUGUCCUGUCCUUUAAUUCUAGCUUCAACAGUCCUCGUUUUGUUUUUUCAUUUACCAUUAUACCCCCCCCCCCCCGCACAUAUUAUGUAAUAGUAUUAGUGCGUAAAAAAAAUUAAAUUGAUUUGGUCUGCAAAUGUAAAAUGAGCUCAUUUAUAUCUACCACUAUACUAUAAUGUCAAUGAUUGCCCUUAAAUUGUUUCAUUAUAAAAAGAACAACGAGCAAAUAAAAAAGCAUAAUGUAUUAAAAUAGUAAUGUGUUUAUGUUUGCCUACAGUUUUCAAAGAAUCUGACCUUCUCCGAGACGUAAUGGCAACCAAAGCCGCUCGCACCGACUCCAAGACGAUAGAUGCCGGCAGUCGAAUGAGCUGGGAAGUACUGGAAACGUGCGCAGCUGUUCAGUCGAGAUCCGUGGCCAAGGGAGGUCCGCCUCGACCAGCAAGUCAAGGUGACAUUACAGAAUUACACCAUUACCAUGAUGGCCAUAACGGUCAUUUAAGUGGUUUGAGCCGUACUACGUUGUUCAGUUUUUUUUUUAGAAGGUUGGCUACAGUCAGUACUGAGUUACCUCUAUCCCUUUAUUUGUAAGAUAUACUUUUUGUUCACCGUAACUUGUUGGACGGAAGUUUGUGGGAACAGAAAUUCGUUCGGAAUUUAAUUUGGUUAUUGGCGAUUAAUUAGCUUCUUAGCUAUUAAAUUAAUUCUUCNCCCCCGAGUUAUUCGAUUCAGAACAUGUAUCCGUUUCGAAAAGAAUUCCGUUCGAACAAACUUCCGUCGAACUAUUUCCUGGUGCAAACAUUUCUAUGGUACACAUUUUUGGUAACAUUGAGUUACCAUCUCACUGAAAGCGUAUUUUUUAGUAGUAACCUAAAAUAUGGUGGUAAAAAAAAAAGAUAAAACUGUUACUAUUAAAAGUAUUUUUCAUUUCGUUUUAGAACAUAAAACAAUAUUUUCAAUAUUAGUUUAAUCAAAUAAAAAAUUGUUCACAUUCGAUUUGAAAUUAUACAGAUGGAGGACUACUUCUUAAGAUUGUAAUUUAAAAAAAUCGCCCGCAUUGCAUUACGUUGUUUAUUUUAUUUGAUAACCCUGAAGCAGAGGACGUUUCCAAAACAAUUGCAGUGCGGUCAAAGACUCGAGUGAAGUCUGACCACCCGACUCUGAGAAUCAGACCCAACCUUCUCAAUUUGCCGCUGACUGACACGCGUCUGAUGGAAAGGCUGCAGAGGGCGAGGCUGUUUCGAGACAGUUUGGGUAAGUUUGGUCACAUCAUUGUAGCUAUUCAUCCACUUGGGUAAACAGAUAGAGGACUGAUUUUAUGAAUAUAUAUUGACAUCAACAAAACGUAUUUAUUACAUAUCAAAAGUAGUUUUAAAUCAACAUCUUGGUGUUUUGUUUUUUUUCAUUUUAUCCAAAUAACUAAAUGUUAUAUAAUGGAUACAAAAUUAAAUAUACAGUUUUUGUUUCUCAGUUAAGUUAAGAUCGGUUAUUCUACUACAUCAACAACAACAGCAACAAAAUACUUAAGACAUCAUUGACAAUUCGCUGUUUUUUUUCUUUUCUAAAAUAUAAAGGCCCCUAUGAGGCUGAGGUCAUCUGCGGCCCAGAAUCAGACCUGCACAAGACUUACGACGACUGCAAAAAAAAUCCAGACCAUGCUCACUUCAAACCUGUUCGCGCGUUCACUUUUGGUGACAUGCCUCUCCCGUACCGAAACCCCGGUCUCUACAGGCUGCUCCAGAUCUUGGCCUUCCUGACGGUUAGAGUGAGUGUCGCAACCGUGAGCGAUAAAAGAAAGGGAACCCAAAACGAAGUCUUUAAGAAAGUCGAGAGCUGCAACCGUUUCCUAAGAUACGGCACGGGAAGGGUCUCCGGCGUUCAAGUUUUUAAUACCAGACAAGGUAAACACUGCGCGUGCCCAGAAUGUCUUCAAUCAGACGCGCCGCAGAUGACUUGGGGAUUUGUGGACGUCAUUACCGCCAAACACGUCGUCUUCUACCAGGAUGAGGCUCGAGCGACCACUUGCAGGUGGGGUUACGACGGCGACGACAGCGCGGAGAUAAACCUGAUCGGAUUCAAGGCUAAAUUUAGCGUUAACGAGACCGACGAUUGGUGCAAGCUGAGAUGCGUCAGUCAUGACGUGAAGCUGUUGUCAAAACUUGAGAAGAAUCUAACGAAGUACAACUCUUCCGCCUUGGAGCUAUACGACAGCUGGAGGAUGAGCAAGAAGAAAUCUCCACCGAAAUUCAUCGCCAUCGUAUCACACCCCCACGGGUGUCCCAAGCAGAUUUCGUUCGGGUUCCUGAGAAAGCGCGUUAAUGUUGGAGGCGUAGAUUUAAAAUACAUCUACACGGCGGCCACUUGCCACGGAAGCAGCGGGGCCUCGGUGUUCUUGUUGGGGCGAGACGGGAGAAACGGGCUGUAUAAUCAGAUCCACUCGGGAAUGAAUAAAGAUGAGAGUGAAAAGGUGACACCAAACUACGGUAACUUCAGCGUUGCCGUGUCCCACUGAAUCGGUCGCGCAAGAAAACGCUGCGCAAAGUUUUCAAUUUAUAUUGUCGCGUAUGCUGAGGCUUCGGGAAAAGAGACUAUGGGAAAAUUACUGUUUUGACGCAAAGAAGCUAUCUUUUUUAUAAUUUUUUUUAUAUUGAAGAUAGCUUCUUACCUCCUUAACAAUCAUGAAAAAAAAAUUGAAAUGUCCAUGAAGAAAAUGAAAACCAUCUUCCCCCCCCCCCCCCCACCCCCAAAAAAAAAUAAUUAAAAAUUAAAUAAAAAAUAAAUAAAUAAAUAAAAUAAGACAGUCUUAAACAAACUAUUUAGGCUUGUUAUUUUUUAAUGAUCUCAAUAUUUUGUUAUGUUACUGGGAUUAUUUAUCAAUAUAUGUGUUAUUUAACAUUUUAACCAUAAUGAAAUAUUUUUUAUUUUUAAUCCUUAAUGUUGACUUUAAUUAUUGCAUUUGCGAUGAUAUUUGAAUAAAUGUAUUUAACUUAAUUGCCGUGAUGAUAAUAAUAUUUAAAAAAAACAAAAAAACAUAAUGGUUCCAUUUUCAUGAUAUCGAUACAAUGCCAUCGAUUCAAAGAUUAAUCAAGUCGUCUUACGUUAAUCAUAAUUAAACUUAAAUAAAUUUCUUGAAACUUAAAAAAAGUCUUAAGUAAUAUUAUUAUUAUUUAUGUGAUUAAUCAUAGCAAUAAUACCUGAAAACAGUUAAAACCUUAACUGAUAAGCGACAACUGAAAAUAAUACAAUUCCAAAGAAAUAUUACGAAACGAAAUGAAUUUUUAAUACAUUCCUAGUAUGAGGCAUCAAAAAUUACUUGUUAAAACAUAAUGGAAUCUUGGUGUAAAAAAAUGCUGGUUUAUAUAAAAAUGCAAGUUAAAAAUAAUAAAUUGUCCAUCCAAAAUCGGGCAGAAAAUUAACUUAUAUAUAUUUAUAAGAAAUUAUAACAUUUUCAUAAUUCUACGUUAAAUUUAUGAUUUGAGAAGCAAGUUGUUUUAAUAUCUAGAUGUAGCUUUAAGGUUAAUUUAAAAAAAAAAAAAGGUUUAUUGCUUAAAUCAAUGCAUGAUAAGCAAUAAAGUUUGAUGUACGGGGUUAGUGGGGGGUGGGGGGGUGGUGUCAUAUUUGUAUAUCCAUUGACUAAAAACCAUCCCUAGUUUAUUUAGAUAAAGAAUAAUUUGUACAAUUUCAUUUUCAUAUAAUGUAAUAUAUUACGUGAAACAUAUAUAUAUUUUUUUUAGAAUUUUCUCAAAUAUAAAAUGUAGUUUCUAGUACCAUAAUAUUUAGCUAUGUGCUCUGUUUUUUAACCGCCGCAACAUUUUCAACAAAUUAAUUUUUUUAAUGAAGUAGAUGAUAGCAAAUAAACUCAAUAUAAC